UCAGUUCCAUCACAUGACCUUUGUCAACAGCAUGAGCGGGACAGCAGCGAAACUUAUGGACUGCACAGCCAAGAGAGUUCAGCUACUGCUUCUCAUGGCGUUUGUGGCGCACCUGGCCCGGAACGCUGAAGGCGUGGCCACUUGCUGCACGCGCGGCUCGAGGUCCUGCAGCCUCUACGAGCUGCUGUGCCGCGCGGAGCGUUGGAACGACACUUCCAUCCUGGACCACAUCGGGCGUGUAAAUAACGACGCCGCCGCCGGGAUUCUCACACUUGGAAAACGCAGGGUGGGCGAGCGACGGGUCCAAGACCGCCUGCAACAACUCCUGCACGGUUCACGGAAUCAAGCAGCGGGAAUCCUGACAAUGGGAAAGAGAUUCGAUGAGGACUACGGACACCGGCCGCUCGUGCACGCGGGAGGGACUGUUAGCGCGCUUGUGAGUCUCGGCCUCGUGCAUCCGCUGAAGCAUCUGAUGCCCAGUGUACCUGAGACGACACUUGUCGCGUUUUAAAACCACAAUUACCUGCCUCAGUAGGUUAGGUAAAAUACCAACUCGAUCCGUUCUCUUAAUAAAUGGACUCGACUAAAUAAUAAUAAUGGGCAAUUUUUUUUUUUUUUUAGAUUUAUGGUGCGCAGAAGCGUUUUGUUUCACUGUAUAAAGCGCUUGUAGGUUUCAGUUCUGUGUAGUAUGUAAUGUGGUCAGCAGA